AUGAGCUUUAUGAAAGGGUUUCUCAUAAUUUUCGUGUGUACUUCCAUUCUUGAUUGCAAGCGAUUGAGUCGAAAAGAAAACGAUUACCUUCAAAGCGUUUGUGGCAAAAUAAAUAGUGCGCUGAAAUCGAGAAAUGUUCAAAGUUUUUUUGCUUUCAUAUUUUCAGCUGAGCCGGAUCUUAAAAGAAAAAUUUUAAACGGAGUAUACGUUAAACCAGGAGAAGCUCCAUGGGCGGUAGGUCUAAGGAUCGAUCACGAAGGUAAAUAUUGAGUGUGAUAAAAUUAUUCAAAUAUAAUAAUGAGAGCAGAGGGUCCUGAUGAAUAUUGUUCGGGGACUUUGAUUUCUUCUCGCCACUUUCUAACCGCCCGUCAUUGCAUCGUGAAGAGAUUCGACGUAUCCAGAUGUGAAAAAGGGUAUGUUUUUUGGGAAGGAAAGGUUGUGGAGAAUUACCAAGUUUGAAGUGAAAGAUAGGAACUUUUCUUUUAUAUAAAAAUAAAAAACUUCAUUUUUACAGUAUCUAUCAUUUGGAUCCAGCGUUUUUCAAAGUGAUCGAGGUCUUUAUCGGAACUACGUGUCUUGGCAAAAAGCAUUGUGAAAAGUACAACCAAAAAUUGACCGGAGUUACUCGUCGGAUUAUUUCUGUGAGACUACGGUAGUUAUUAGGGUGUUUAACAAAGGAUUGAGGCCUACAUGAUCGAGUACUGUGAAGAGCCGUCAGCAAACAAGCUCCGAACGGAUCUCGCCGUCGUUGAAGUCGACAAAGACGUCAAAUUCGAUUCUUCUAUCUAUCCCGUGUGCUUGGCUCCGCGUACGGUUAUUGUAGACUUUAAAAAAAUACAUCGUUUUUUUUUUUGAAAUCAAGCUUGUUCAAGGUGACCAGUCGUAUUACGGUAUUUUAGAAAGGUUUUUUUUUGGUUAUGAACGGUACUUUGUGGAACAGACUGCUCUUUUUACCUUGGUAAUUAGUUGUAAAAAAUUGCAAGAAAAUUUUUUUUAAUUCCUUGGCUCCGGAACAAACAGCGCAAUAAUGACCGGUCGUCGGCUGCCUUAAAAAUAAGAAAACAAAAAUCGAAUUUUUCGACAAAAUCUUCGCUUUGAUUUUGUGAAAGCUUUGUAGUAUUGCAAAAUUUUCAAAAAAGUGGUCAGGAACAGAUUAUUUGAAGAAUAUGGAAAGCCUCAAAGAUAACACUCAUAAUGGGAGACUUUUCCUUCUUUUUUCAAAAAAAUUUUUAAAAAAAUCUUUAUUGGUGUGUCCAAUUUUUUUCUCUUUUUCCAGUUCAAACUGAGGAACUGAAGAAGAUUAACGCUAAACUCCCUCGUGCCUUAUUUGGAUUCGGUCAUGAUCGUAAUAUUUUUCAUUUUACUGUUCUGCGAUAUUGAAUUUAACAUUUCAGCGAGUAUGGGAAGGUAUUCGGAGGACCAGGACUUCACUCUCGGCGCCUUGAGAAGGGAGGACGUCUAUCCUUCGGUUCUUUUUUCUUUUCCUUUCUGUUUUUCAUUAAAUUAUUCCAUUUCAGGUUUGCGAACCGUUGGACAUAGACUACAGAUUUAUGCUGUGCACAACAUCCAUCAGUGGAAAUGCGCUCGGUUGCGGGGUUAUUUUGUAUUUCGAGUCUAGUCAGACCUUGGUAGCGUGAAUCGGACGUGUCAGAGCAUUUCUAGUGAACACUUGAGAGUGUUGAUUCUAUUAAAGAGGUUACUAGUGCUCCGACAGGUCCAGCGCGUCCGGUUCGCGUCACCAAGAUCCGAUUACCCAAACAAGUGUUGAAACGCCAGAGUGGACCCUAGAGAGAUUAGGGGAAAAAUAGCCUCUUAAAAGGACAGAAAAUUGCUUCCAAAAGAGGUUAUCCUAUGUUGAGAUGUUUCGUUCAAAAAACGCUUCUUUAUUGAUUUUAUCGCAAUAAUUUGCUUCUUCCCAUAUAAUUCACAACAAUAAAUGACUAGUAUGCUCCUCCCUAAAGUGAUCCCUUUCACAAGCUGUAUUAUCCUUUUUGAGAGAAGGUCAAGAGGUUUUUAGAGGGGAUCUUUUAAGUCCCCUAAGGUUGCCGCUCUAGGGACCACUCGGCCGUCCCUAAGCUGGUAUCGCUUAGGGAAGUGGCCUUCCCGUGGAUCUUUUCCUGGACGAUUUUCGAGAUAUUCGUCUUCACUCAAGUGGCUUCAGCGCCUUUUUAGUGCUCACUUCUAAACACAGAAUAGGAAAAAGUUUACCAAUUCCUGAAAGGAGAUAAAAUUUUUCCUGUUCUGAAAUGAUCUUUUCCAGGGUGAUAGCGGUUGUGGCGUGAUUCAAUACAAAAAGGACGAGCAGAAUAAUCCGCGCGUAACAGUCGAAGGUUAUUUUUGUCAUAACUUUUUUUUUUAAAUUGGUAAUCCAAGUUGGAAAGGAGAGAAGAAAAAAGGACAUCCGAUUAGUUGGAAGGAUAUUCAGAACAAAAACAGCUCAGGAUUUCUAACAAGAGAAGCCAUUUGCCGUGCUCGGGAUUCCAGAACUUUUUAAAAAUCGGCCAAAAUAAUUUCUAUUUAGUGUAUUUAAAAAAAAUUAGACCUGCCAACCGGGCCCCCCGGGUCGUCCCGCAUUAAAAAUUUGAAGCAUUAUAAAAUUAGAAAAAAGGAGGUAUUUUGACACUGGGAACCACCUCGUCUCAUCAGUUGCUCUAGAAAAAAAGAAAGUUCUCAGUAUUUUUCUGCUUUCUAAUUUAAAGUGUCAGGAAAAAUUCAGGAGUCUUGGUGAAGGGAGUCGCGUGCCGCGCGAAUCUGAAAGAUGCCAGCGAUUGGUCGACCCCCGUGGGCAACUUUUCUUCCCGCAUCUGCCAAGCUUCCGGCGUCUGUAUCCAGUUCGUUUUCUUUCCUUUUUUGUUCGGCUGAAUACAAAUUGAUCUUUCAUCAAUUUUUUCUGCUCAAACAAAAAAGAAUUGUUUGGAAGCUGAUAUUUCAAGUUAUUCAAGAAUAAUUUAGUUCAUGUAAAACUUUAUUGGUAAGUCGGGCUUUGAAAACCACUUUUUUCGAUAAUUCCACAUUAUAGACUUAGAUAAGAAUUUUUAAAUCAAAAAAUUUCAGGGACUUCUCGAACGGCGACUUCGAUUACGGUUAGUUUAGUUCGAUAUUUCGAGCGAGCUGAGGGAAACGUUGCUUUGGGGGCCUUCAAAAUGAACUCAUAUAUUUCUCUACGAAGCCUAAAUCAAAGAAACGGUUCUCUCAAUCUAAAACUAUUCGAUGUGUUCAUUUUGAAGGCCCGCCGGUGGUUGAACUCGUUCAAUCUGAGAUCCCCUUGGUCGUCAAAAGCGGACUCGAAGAUUCGCUAAGUAACGGUUCUUCCGAGGCUCCGCCGGGUCAGCUUUUCACGGCUGACGUUUCAAAACCAACCAGUUUCUCCAUUUAUUUGACUUCCUGAUGAAAUUUUCAAUUCAGACGAUCUCGAAGAGAAGUACGCCGAGUAUUACAACGUCGCUAAAGAGAAGCUGUCGUACAUUGUUCUUCUUAUAUUCUUUUUUCAAAUAAUUUUUCUUUAA